AUGCUUGCUGCGAGGAGAGUGGCAGUGCCGCAUGGCCGCCUCGCAACUGCCGCCGAUCAAUCCUCCACGCCCGCCGCCAGCGAUGUCGCUUCACGCACUCCUCCAUACCCAAAACUGCUGAAGCGACUCUCCGCCGUGCGACGAAUCCUCCCAUCUCGACCCCUGACUCUGUCCGAGAAGAUCCUCUUCUCCCACCUCGACAACCCUGAAGAAUCUCUCCUGGAAGGCACCAACAAUGGCUCCGACAUUCGCAGCAAUGCGACUCUCAAGCUCAAACCCGAUCGGGUCGCCAUGCAAGAUGCGAGUGCACAGAUGGCGUUGCUGCAGUUCAUGAGCUGUGGAAUGCCUACAACGGCCGUACCUGCUUCGAUUCACUGCGACCAUAUGAUUGUUGGUGAGAAGGGAGCUGAUCUGGACCUACCGAACAGCAUCAAGGGAAACAAGGAGGUCUACGACUUUUUGGAGAGUGCUGGAAAGAGAUAUGGUAUUGAGUUCUGGCCGCCGGGUGCGGGUAUCAUUCAUCAGACUGUUUUGGAGAACUACGCAGCUCCGGGCUUGAUGAUGCUCGGUACGGACAGCCACACACCGAAUGGUGGAGGAUUGGGUGCCAUUGCCAUUGGUGUCGGUGGAGCUGAUGCCGUCGAUGCACUCGUCGAUGCUCCGUGGGAGUUGAAGGCGCCAAAGAUUCGAGGAGUACGCUUGGAAGGCCAGCUGAGUGGAUGGGCGACGCCAAAGGAUGUCAUUCUUGCCUUGGCAGGGAAGCUGACAGUGCGAGGUGGAACUGGAUAUAUUACCGAGUAUUUUGGACCGGGUGUGGCAACCUUGAGCUGCACAGGCAUGGCUACGAUCUGCAACAUGGGCGCCGAAAUUGGAGCCACCACAUCGAUCUUCCCUUACACAUCCUCGUCCCACGGUCCCUACCUGCGGUCGACACACCGAGGCUCCAUCGCAGAGCAGGCUGAUACCAUUGCCUCAUCUCCCGGUCCCCACAAUCUCCUAGCCGCCGACUCCGAUUGCGAAUACGACGAUGUCGUGACGAUCAACCUGUCUGAUCUCGAGCCACACAUCAAUGGCCCAUUCACUCCAGAUCUCUCAACUCCAUUGUCCAUGUUCAAGGACACCGUGGAGAAGAAUCAAUGGCCAAAGACCUUCGGCGCUGGAUUGAUUGGUAGCUGCACAAACAGUUCAUACGCUGACAUGACUCGUUGCGAAUCCCUGGUACAGCAAGCAUCGGCCGCCGGACUCAAGCCAAAGGCUGACUUCUUCAUCACUCCCGGCUCGGAACAAAUUCGUGCUACCCUUGCUCGUGACGACACUCUGGACACAUUCACUGAAGCUGGCGGACUGGUCCUCGCGAAUGCUUGCGGGCCUUGUAUUGGCCAGUGGAGUCGUACCGACGGCGUGAAGAAGGGCGAGAACAACGCCAUCUUCAGCUCCUACAACCGCAACUUCCCUGCUCGCAACGAUGGCAACGCCAAGACGAUGAACUUCCUCGCCUCUCCUGAACUGGUGACUGCCAUGUCCUACGCGGGUCGGACUGACUUCAACCCGAUUACCGACUCUCUCACUACUCCUAGCGGUGAAACCUUUAAAUUCGACCCACCCACUGGCAUCGACCUGCCGUCAGCAGGCUUCGCCAGCGGCAACCCACUCUUCCGACCAACACCUCCUAUCCCCAACCCUGAAGUCUCAGUCGCCGUCUCUCCCACGAGCACCCGUCUCGCCCUUCUCGAACCCUUUGAACCAUUCCCAGACUCAGACCUUACAGGCCUCAAAGUCCUCGCCAAAGUCAAAGGCCAAUGCACAACGGACACCAUCUCCGCCGCGGGCCCCUGGCUAAAAUACAAAGGCCACCUUCCCAACAUCUCCGAAAACACGCUCAUCGGCGCCCUCUCCGCCGACACCAACGAAGUCAACUCCGUCCGCGACGUCGACGGCAGCUCCCACACCAUCCCCUCUCUCGCCUCCAAAUGGAAGUCUCAAGGUCAAAGCUGGCUCGUCGUCGCCGAACACAACUACGGCGAGGGCUCCGCGCGCGAACACGCCGCUCUGCAACCGAGGUAUUUGGGGGGUAAGAUUAUCCUGACGAAAUCUUUCGCGAGGAUUCAUGAGACGAAUUUGAAGAAGCAGGGGGUUGUGCCGUUGACGUUUGCGGAUGAGAAGGAUUAUGAUUUGUUCGAGGGGUGUGAUGAGGUUAGUACGGAGGGGUUGAGGGAUGUGUUGGAGGGUGGAGAGGGAGAGGUUGUGUUGGUGUUGAAGAAGAGGAGUGGGGAGACGCAUCGGGUAGAGGUUAAGCAUACGAUGAGCAAGGAUCAGAGGGGGUUUAUUUUGGCUGGUAGUGCGCUGAAUUUGUUGGCGAAGAAGGGGGCGCAGAAGGCGUAG